UUUUAAAUACAUCUUAAAAUAUUUUCUGGCAAUGUAAAUUGAAGCCCAAAUUUUGUAUUAAUUCGAGUGUUUUCGAAAAGGAAAGAAUGAAAACAAAAAGUAUAUUGGAGUGCUCAAGUCUGAUAGAUUAGAUUUGUACAAGGUAAAAUUAUUUAACUGAUAUUUUCAUUUUAGGAAAAUUCGCAAGUAUCUAAGUAUUCCCUACCAAUCCAACUAUAGACACACAUUAAAUGGGAAGUUGAGGAAGAUAAUUUAAACGGGAAAAAGCAUUAUAAAAUAGUGUCAUUCAAAUUUCAAUAAGUGAAUUAAAUCGUAUUGAUCUUAUAGGUUAAAUAAAUUAAAGAAAAUCAUGUGGCCAAAAUUUCUACAUUUUAUAGUGACGAGAAGACCCUUACCAUUCUAAAAGAGCAUUUGAGAAAUAAAAUCAUAUUUUAAAGGAUUCAAGACUUUUAUACCCCUCUCUAAACUUUGGGAAAAGGUGCAUCCUCAAGGGUUCUCCUCGUCAGACACAAAAACACCGAAUUAUAUUAUGCCGCUAAAUGUGUAGACAAAUCCUAUGUUAAUGAAACAGAAAAUGGAAUUGUACAUUAUUUUGUAAUCUCAGGAAUCCAUGUUUCAGGAAAUUUCGAUCAAUAAUGCCCUUGAUCAUCCUUCAUUUAUUAAGUUGCAUGCUGUCUAUGAGGGAGAUAACACAUUUUAUAUGGUAAUGGACCUAUUAGAAGGAAGAAGUUUGCAUGAUGAAUUAAACAAUCAUAAAAAUGGAUUCCCAGAAGAUAUUGUUAGGAAUGUAAUGUGGGUAUUCAUAAUCAAUUAUGUCUAAGCAAAUUCUCACUGGUAUUGAGUACAUGCAUGAUAAAUAAAUUAUGCAUAGAGAUAUCAAACCUGAAAAUAUCAUGCUCUUAAAAAAAGGAGAUUUGAAUUCAUUAAAAAUUGUUGAUUUUGGAUUGGCCACAUAUUGCAAUAUUGAUAAGUUUGAAUUGUAAUCAUAUUAGAUAUUUAUUUCCUAAAUGUGGAACUCCAGGUUAUGUUGCUCCUGAAAUUGCUAAUUUAGUCGAUAAAACAAUUAAGUAUGAUAAAGUGUGCGAUGUCUUCAGCGCAGGAGUAAUCUUCUUUAAAUUGUAUUUUUAAUUUUCAUUUAAGAUUAACAGGAAAAGAUCUUUUUCCAGGAGUUGGAUUUAAUUUAGUUUUAAAACUAAAUAAAUAAUGCAAAAUUGAUUUGACCCCUUUACAAAUGAAAAAAAUAGAUCCCUCCAUCAUUGUAUAACAUCAUUAUUCAUUAAAUUAGUCCAUAAUUUAGAAAAUGCUAGAAAAGGAACCAAAUCAAAGAAUUAGUGCAGCCCAAUGUCUAUAGGACCAAUUUUUUGCUUCGUGUUACUAAGAAUAAGGGUUAUAGGGACCUUCUAAAUUAACAGCUAAUUAAAAAAAAUAAAUGUUCACUUCAAGUGGCAAAGCUCUGACUACCGAAUUUCCAAAUGAUAAACUAAAGGGUAGUCCUCAGGAUAGGCUUGAAAAUAAAGGAUCUUUUGUUACAUAAGAUAAUGCAUUUCGACCCAUACAAUCUAAUUAAUAAAAGAUAAUGUAAAAAUUCAAUACUACAGAAUUUGAACAUACUGAAAAUGCUCAAAGCCCAUAAAUGGAAAAGGUUAUUAAAUAAUUUCAAAAUGGUGAUGCCAUCUAAGAAGAAGAUGAAAAAUGA